UCCUGUCAUAUCCUGUGUUUGGGGCAGUCCUCCAUCUUGGCUAGCAGCUAGCGGCUAACAGCUAGCAGAGAGAGUCUCUCCAGAGGAGCUGAAUGAACCCAAAAACACCGCAGAACCGACGGAACCGGGACUGUCUCUCAGAACCGACCCAGAACCAGACACCAGCACUCAGACCCGGACCCGGUCUGGACCCGGAACCACUCAGAACCCGGUUUCUAGCGGGCUAGCAUGGAGCUAACAGGCUAACUGAGCUGGUGAAGAGGAACUGUUGCUGCCGGCUCAGAGUGGCUCCAUGUCAGGCACAAACUACCGGAAAACAAGCCGAACCGAGCCGAGCCGGGCCACAUAACACUCCGGUCCUGUAGUCAGGACAGGAGCCAGUGAUGCCAGGUGAUCACCUGCUCAGGUAAACCCGAGGUAAAGUUAAACUAGCCCGCUACAGUUAGUAAGUUCAGGAGGGUGUUCUGGAGCUUCAUGACCGGACCUGCCUCACCCUGCCCCGGGUAACAUGUCCACCAGGACUCCGCUGCCGACUGUCAACGAGCGGGACAACGAGACCCAUGCCCCAGGGGAUGAUGGGCGUGGUCAGGUGUCGUCCCGCUCCGUCCGAUCCGCUCGCAGUAAAAACUCUUCGUCCACCGCAGACGAGACGCCGCACAUCGGAAAUUACCGACUGCUGAAAACCAUCGGGAAGGGAAACUUCGCCAAAGUCAAGCUAGCUCGACACAUCCCGACAGGACGAGAGGUGGCGAUCAAAAUCAUUGAUAAGACCCAGCUGAACCCCACCAGCCUGCAGAAGCUCUUCAGAGAGGUCAGAAUAAUGAAGAUCUUAAAUCACCCAAACAUCGUGAAGCUGUUUGAGGUGAUAGAGACAGAGAAGACUCUGUACUUGGUGAUGGAGUACGCCAGCGGAGGUGAAGUGUUUGACUACCUCGUUGCUCAUGGCAGGAUGAAGGAGAAGGAGGCCAGAUCUAAAUUUAGACAGAUUGUGUCUGCCGUUCAGUACUGCCAUCAGAGGCACAUAGUUCACCGUGACCUUAAGGCAGAGAACCUCCUGCUGGAUUCUGACAUGAAUAUUAAGAUAGCAGAUUUUGGGUUCAGUAAUGAGUUCACUGUCGGUGGGAAACUGGACACUUUCUGUGGUUCACCUCCAUAUGCUGCUCCUGAACUCUUCCAGGGGAAGAAGUAUGACGGUCCAGAGGUGGAUGUGUGGAGUCUGGGUGUGAUCCUCUACACUCUAGUCAGCGGAUCUCUGCCUUUUGAUGGACAGAACCUCAAGGAGCUGAGAGAGCGAGUGCUGCGAGGUAAAUAUCGUAUUCCCUUCUACAUGUCGACUGACUGUGAGAGCCUGCUGAAGCGUUUCCUGGUGCUGAACCCGGGGAAACGAGGAACUCUGGAGCAAAUCAUGAGGGAUCGCUGGAUCAACGUUGGCUCUAAUGACGAGGCGCUGAAACCCUUUGUGGAGCCGGAGAUGGACUUCAGAGACGAGAAGAGGAUCGACAUGAUGGUGGGGAUGGGUUACUCCAGAGAGGAGAUCAAUGAUUCGCUCUCCAAGAUGAAGUACGAUGACAUCACAGCCGCCUACUUGCUGCUGGGACGCAGAGCUGCUGAGGUGGAGGCGAGCGACUCCAGCAAAACUCGUCCGUCUCCUGCUCGUCUCCUCAGCCAGCGCUCCUCCUCCUCCAAACAGAGGAAGAACAAUGACCAAGUGGCCUCCUCGGCUGCUCCUCCCCCCAGGAGGAGUCAGACGACAGCUCCAGCAGAGGGGGAGGUGAAGCAGGAGGUGGGAGGUCAGAACAACAAGUCCAGUUCUGUGGAGGGAGGCAGUCCGCUGCUCGGCAACGCCAACAACCCCAACAUGUCCGACAUCCCUGAGCGGAGGAAGGCGCCAGUCACGCCCACUGGUGGAUGGUCCAGCAUGACGAGGAGGAACACGUACGUUUGUACUGAGAGGAACUCAGCAGACCGAAACUCUGUGGUCCAGAACGGCAAAGAGAACAGUUCCACCACCACCACCCCUCAGAAGUCAGCGGGCGGAGCCUCCACCCACAGUGUGAGCAGCGCAGCGACUCCACCUGACCGGCUGCGUUUCCCUCGAGGGACGGCGAGCCGCAGCACCUUUCACGGAGGUCAGCUGAGAGAGAGACGCACCGCCACCUACAACGGCCCCCCCGCCUCCCCCAGCCUGUCACAUGAUGCCCAGUCGCGAGCCAGAGGAUCCACCAACCUGUUCUCCAAACUCACCUCCAAAAUCGCACGCAGAAGUGUGUCAGAGGUUGAGAGGAAUGGGAUACCUGAGGGCUCCAGUCGUAACGUAUCAUAUGAACAGAAGGACGAUCCUAGUUCUCCUAAUGCUCCUCUGCUGAGGGAUUCGAAGCCUCGCUCCCUGAGGUUCACCUGGAGUAUGAAGACCACGUCCUCCAUGGAGGCUCAGGACAUGAUGAGGGAGAUCAGGAAAGUCCUGGACGCCAACAACUGCGACUACGAGCAGCGCGAGCGCUUCAUGCUGCUCUGUGUCCAUGGUGACGGACACGCCGACAGCCUCGUCCAAUGGGAGAUGGAGGUCUGCAAACUACCCCGCCUCUCGCUCAACGGGGUCCGCUUCAAACGGAUUUCAGGAACGUCCUUCGCCUUCAAGAACAUUGCCUCCAAGAUCGCCAACGAACUCAAGCUCUAGAGACAGACAGGUAGAGAGAGAGAGAGAGAGACGGGUCAGAGACAGACAGGUAGAGAGAGAGAGAGAGAGAGAGUGAGGGGUCAGAGACAGAAAGGUGGAGGGACAGACAGGUAUAGUGAAUGACAGACAGGUGGAGCAUACUGGUAGUUUGUCAUGUUUCAGUGUGUUCAUGUUGAAUUAAAGUCAUUGAUUGUUUCCCUCGUCUGCCCCCAGCACAGCAGGGGGCAAAGGAUCAUGGGAUUUGGAGUCCAGUGUUAUGAAAACCACACAGGAAGUGUUCUGCUGUGAUGUACAUUUGUUUUAUUUUGAAAGGCCCUCCGCAGUGACACAUGGAAAGUGGGCGGGGCCCUGUGGAUGCAGACAGGCUGAGUCCAUGUUUGUGAAUGUAAAUAGUUUGUCUGACAGACUCAUCUGGUUAUCAUUUGUUUUCUCUUUUGUACAUGUGAGCAGUCAGCUGAUCAAUAGCCGAUCAACAGCUGAUCGUCAGCUGAUCGACAGCUGAUUGAUAGCUGACUGUUUUUUGUUAAGUGAACUUCAUGUUCACCUGUGUCUCAUUAAACACCUUGAACAGCU